AUGCAUUCUACAAUCUUUGCUCUUGUUGCUGUUGCUGGCUAUGUCUCUGCUGGACCUACCGCCCGCUCUCAAACCGAGUGUUCAGGCGUUGGCCAGUUCUACACUUGUGCGAACAAUGGCUUCCGCAGUUAUUGCUCCGUUGAUCCUUGUGCCAUAAAGUGGUGCACUGAUUUCGUCGAGGGUACUUGCGAUCCCGUCUUCAUCACCAAGCCUGUUGAGGGUACCGAGACCGAGACUGAGGAGGGAGAGCACUGGGAGCCUGAGACUACUCCUGCUUCUCUUCCUGAGGGUCAAUGUGCUCCUGGCACUGGCUUCUUCCAGGUCUGCUCCAACGGCUUCAAGGGAUGCUGCAAGUCCGACGCCUGUGCUGGCAAGGACGCUGUCUGCCCUGAUGACAAGAAGGUCAAGCGUGCUGAUGACCCUACUGUCUGCGCCCCCGGUACCGGUUUCUUCCAGUCUUGUUCCAACGGCUUCAGAGGCUGCUGCAAGUCUGACGCUUGUACCGGUACCGCUCCUAUCUGCCCCGACAACAAGCCCGAGGCCCCCAAGCCCAAGCCUGAGACCUGGGAGCACAAGCCUGAGACUACCACUGAGACUGCUCCUGCUUCUCUCCCUGAUGGACAGUGUGCUCCUGGUACUGGUUUCUUCCAAGUCUGCUCUAACGGUUUCCGAGGCUGCUGCAAGUCCGACGCUUGCUCCGGCUCCGCUCCCAUCUGCCCCGAAACCGUCGCCAAGCGCUCCGAUGACCCCACCGUCUGCCCUCCCGGAACCGGUUUCUUCCAAUCUUGCUCCAACGGCUUCCGCGGCUGCUGCAAGGGCGACGCCUGCGGUAACACCUGGUGCCCCGACUACAAGACCGGCACCUACGAGCCCGCCCAGACAUUCAAGGUCAAGGCUCGCUCUGAUGGUACUUGCCGCCCUGGCACCGGUUUCUUCCAGGUCUGCGCCAAUGGCUUCAAGGGAUGCUGCAAGAAGGACGCUUGCUCUCAGAAGAAGCCCGUCUGCCCCAAGUAA